UGUCCAGUGUAAAGUCUGACAGACGUGGUGUAGGUUAUAGUCAGUCUCUAUUAAAGUUAACGCGCGUGUGAAACACAAUCAUGGAAUCAGUUUAUCCUGCCGGAAUGUUAGAUAGGGAUCAAAGGACUGCCAAGAUUAGGUUAUGUCAGUGUCGAUGCAGUGAUAUGGAAGUGCCAAAUAGGACUAGUAGUUUUACUUCAGACGCGAGUACUAAAAUCAGCAGUAUUUUUAGCAGUAUUGUUUUUAACAAGAAAAGGACAAAGUUUUCGUACUUAAUAUGGAAAAAAGGAUAUUUAAUACACACAUACAAUUUUCCACGUGUCAAAAACGUUGUAUUAGUGUUAGUUUACCUUACAUUGACCAUGAUGAAUUCAGCAUCAACAGCACCCGCCCCAAAAGAUGAUAAAUGGUGGGAGAGCCCUUGUGGUUCUUCUCCCGAACCAGCUGAACCUUUAUCAACAACACCGCCACAAGAAUUCAAUAAGUGGCACCUAUCAGAUCUUCUUAUUCAAGCACAGUACAAUUUAAUACAAGCUAACCAUUUGAAGGACAGCUUUGGAUUUUUUACAGGCAGCACUCUUGGGAAUAAUAGCAAAGAUCAUAAAAAGAAAUAUGACUGGAUGGAACUACAACCAAAUCAACCUACAGACUGGGAGAUAGGCAGCUUCCAUAUGGGCAAAGAAGUAAUGAAGGAUAUACAUCGCGCUCUUCAGAUGACUGCCUUGGCGUUUGAUAUAAUCAUUGAUGAAGGUGGUGAGCCAGCUAAAUUAUUUCUAGCAGAAAAACAUUCUCUGCAAUAUCUACUAUGCCAUAUGGAAGCACAUCUUCGUGACCGAAAUUUAAGACCGCGUGCCGUAGAUGCGGAUUUCUUAGAAAAAAUUAUUAAAAACAAACACACGUCAGCCCAAGAAAAGGAUAUCCGAAACUAUAUGGUCUAUACAAACUACACUGAGACCCUUCACCUACUUGAAGAUUUUAUUUUUUUGUUCCAAAAGAUCGGGUUUGAAGUACAAAAGUUGGAGAAUAAGCGACCAGAAGAUGAAAACGUUAUAUUGGCUAAAUUGGGAAAAAUAGUUCAACCUAAACGAGACAGAAUCGAUUGAGCCUAACUUAUCUUAUUAGAACUGUGCAAUUAAAAAAGUUACUGCCCUUUGAAGUUACAAAAUAAAAAUUGAUUUUUUCCAAUAUCGAAAACUAUUCAAUUUUUUUUUUGACAAAUGGACAUGUGGCAUUCUUAUGGCAGGAACAUUAAAAAAAAUUAUAGUGUAAUUUUUGCACCCAAUAAAAAUUUUAUGGGGGUUUUGCUCUCCUAAGCCGCCCAAAGUUUUGUGUACGUUCCAAUUAAAUAAUUAUUGUGGUACCAUUAGUUAAACACAAUGUCUUUAAAACUUUUUUGCCUCCUAGUUCUUAUUCGAUAAGCCAGUGUUUAUCGAGAUAUUUUGAAUAUUUGUCGAAUCCACCACAUAUUUGUAUAUGGUUAAGUACGAUUAUAGAGACCUGUUAAUAAUCUGAAAAUUUAUUUAUAAUUUACAUUUUUAGAUAUAUUUUGUAAAAUAUUAAAAAACAAGCCACAUCUCGAUAAAAGGUGGCAAAUCGAAAAAAUACUAAGAGACAAAACACUGUGUUUAACUAAUGGUAUAACAAAUUAAUAAUAGUUUAACUGCAACGUACACAGACAUUUGGGGGUUGUAAAGGAACAAAAUUACCAUAAAAAUGUUAUGUAAACAUAUUAAAAAAGAAGCAGCAUAUCGAUAAAAACUAGAUUAUCGAAAAAAUACUAGAAGGCAGAAAAUUUUAAAAACAGUGUGUUUAACUAAUGAUACCACAAUAAUAAUUAAAUUGGAACGUACACAAAAGUUUCGGAGCGGUUUAAGGGAACAAAACCCCAUAAAAUUUUUAUGAGGUGUUAAGAUGUUCCUAGCAUAACAAUGCCACAUGUCGAUUUUCAAUAAAAAAUCUCUAAUAGUUUUUGAUAUAUUGAAAAAAAUCGAUAUUCAUUUUCUAACUUCAAAGGGCUGUAACUUUUUUUAUGUGCACAUUUGUACUAGGUUAAGUUAGGUUCCAUACGAUUAGGUUUCCAUACAUCCUUUCUUCGGAUUCUGUCACACGCCUUUUCCAGGUCGAUGAAGCAUAUAUGUAUCUCUCUAUUCUUAUUAACUACAUUCUCGCUUACUUGUCUUAUUGUGAAUAAUAGGUCUUGCGUGCUUCUGUCCUUUCUGAAUACACACUGUCUAUAUUCAUAUUCCAUAGUUGUUUCUAUUUGGGUUUUUAUUCUCGUCUCUGUUAUUUUUACGAAUACCUUCCCAGGGAUAGGUACUUGAUAUGGUGAUACCUCGGUAAUUAUUAUAGUCUCCUUUGUACCCCUUUUUGUGUAUUGGUAAUAUAAUGGCUUUCUUCCAGUCCUUUGGUCUUUCUGCUCUAUUUAUGAUAUCAUUCAUUAGUUUUUUCAUGCUGUCCGUUCCCUCUAUCCCCAUCAAAUUCAUCAUUUUUGGGGUGAUAUGAUCCUUGCCUCCUGCUUUGCCUAAUUUUACUCUUUCUAUUACUUUCUCUAAUUUCUUUCUUGUUAUGGAUUCCACGUGUUGUUCUUCAUUCAUUUCUUGUUUUUCCAAUAUCUUGUCCAUGUCUGCAUGUGUUAGCUCUUUGAAACGUUCUCCCUAUUUUUCCAUGGUGUGUUUUUGUUCUGUUAGUACGUUUCCAUUCUUGUAUUUUAUAUGCAGCAUCGUGUAGUCUUUGUUUUGGCUGAGUUUUUGGUUUUACCUAUAAUUUUUUGUCCAAACCUGUCACAUGAUCUUUCCUUUUCUGGUUUCAUCGCAAUUUUAACCUCUUUACUUUUUUCUUUAUAUGAUUUGUAAUCUUCCGGGUGCUUUGACUUAUGUAUCUCUUCCAUUUGUCUUUUUUGUUCUUUAUUUUCUGUCGUAUUUUGUCCGUCCACCAUUCCGUUCUCCUCAUAUUAGUAUUUGAUAUUUUUGCCUUCCCGCAAGUUACCUCAGCUGCUUUGAUUAUGCUGGUUUUUAGAUAUCCCUAUUUUUCUUCUAUAUUUGUAUUUUUUGCCCUACCUUUCAAAAUAUUAUCAAAUUUUUCUUGGAAUUUCUUCUUGCGUCUUUCCUCUUUUAAUUUAUAACUUUUUAUUUUUUCGUUUACUAUCUUUCUCCUCUUGUCUUCUUUUUCCUCUGUUGUUCUCAUUCUCAUUAAUACUAGAUGAUGGUCACUGCCAAUCUCUGAGUUUCUUUUCACUUUCGUGUCUUGUACUCUUUCCAUUUGUUGCUGUUUACCAAAAAGUAAUCUAUGAUUGAUUUUUCGUUUCUGCUGUAUUGUACUCUGGUGUAUUUCUGUACUUCUUUGUUACCAAAGAAGUGCACAAAUGUGUACUUCUUGAAGUUGAACUAGUUUGUUAUCCAUACAUAUUUUUAUUAUUCUUUCACCAUUUCUGUUUAGCAUUUCUUCCCCUUCUUUGCCCAUGUACUCCUCUAUUCCGCUGUUGUUGUUUCCGACUAUAUCGUUUAGAUCUCCGAUUAUAAUUAUGUUUUCUUCCCCAUUACCAAUUUGCAUUUGAACCUACUCGAAAAAUGUAUCUUUCUGUUCCUUUCUUGCAUCUUCAUUUAUUCCGCAGACUGUUAUUAUUUUCCAUAUUUCCUCGUCCAUCAGUUUUAUUUUUACCGAUAAUAUUCUCUGGUUAACAUACCUUAUAGUCUUCUAUAACAUGUUUUAGUAUAUUAGGUGCAAUUAUUAGCCCGGCACCUUCUUUUGCUCUCUCUUUUGUAUCCGCUCCUACCCAAAGUAACCAAUAUUCUUUGUGUAUUUUCUAAAAACCUUUUCCUUUCAUCCUCGUUUCCGUUAUUACUAGUAUUUCUAUUUUUUGUCUUAUCGUCUCUUCUACCAGUUCUUCCUCUUUUCCAUUGACGCUUCUCACAUUCCAUGUUUCCGUAUUUAUCUCUCGAUUUAAAGUUGUGAAUAAUAAGCUGUUUUUAAGUUUUGUUACAAAGUUAGUAUGUUUGCGAUCAUUGUUUAAAUAUAGUUUAUAGAAGCUUUAUAAAUUGUUAAAAUUGAAACACAUAUGUAUUUUCUCUGCUUGUUUAAUUAAUAUAAUUUCAGCAUCGA